GCUGCUGGUCUGUUCUGCCCCUUCUGUUGAACUCCACUAUAUAAAGGCAGAACUUUGUCUUGAUCCUGAGACUUGCAGCAGCCUUCAGUGGUACCACAGCAAGAUGUUGAACAUCAGUGCGCUCCCUCUGCAGCUCCUGCCAUCCAGGUCCUCGGGCCGUCUCCUGCAGCCAUUCUGGGAUUAUUUGCGUCUUCGCCACCUGCCUCUUAUCUCGUCUCCUUUUUUCCCCGUCCUACUCGCCUUCUCCAGCUAUUUAUUUUUCAGCAUACCUUUUGCCGUACUGGACCUCUUGGGAGAACGAGUUCCUUUAUUCAAUCAGUACAAGAUCCAACCAGACAGGCGGCCAACAGUGGCCAUGAUGACUAAGAGCUUCAUGACAGCCAUGUACAACCACAUAUUCUUUGUUCUGCCGACUGUAAUCAUUUCCAUGUACAUACUGCCGACACCAAUAUUGCCACAAGGUGCUCCUACUCUGUAUGAAGUAAUCAUCGAUGGACUCGCAAUACUUCUCCUCUUUGACACUCAGUACUAUAUUUGGCAUUUCAUACAUCACAAGCAUUCACAGCUUUACCGCUGGAUCCACGCAAUCCACCAUGAAUACAUGGCGCCUUUUUCUUGGUCGACUGAGCAGCUCAGCAUCCCAGAGCUGAUGACCGUUGGACUCUGGAGCAACCAGGACCCACUUCUUUUAAAGUGUCACCCAGUGACCACAUGGUGCAUCACAGUGUUCAGUAUCUGGAUGUCUGUGGAGGACCACAUAGGUUAUGACCUGCCGUGGACUCUUAACCACCUGGUGCCUUUUGGUCUGCUGGGCGGUGCGCCGGCUCAUGACAUGCACCACCAGAAGCCGAACAGCAACUACGCCCCUUUCUUCAGCCACUGGGACCGAAUCUUUGGCACCGCUGUUCCUCAGAAGAAAAAGACUUUGAGGAGAUGAUGACCUGAAUGAAAUUCUGUAAAUACUGAAUGUUUUUUCUUCUGAUGUUAUUGUCAACAUUAUUUUAGCACCGUCACAUUCACAAUUCAUGAUAUUUUAUUUAUAUCUUUGAUAACUAUUAACUCCUUAGCACUUGCUGCCUCUUUGCUGCUCCUUCUGGUUCUCUUUGUGAGAUGAAGUGUAUAUUAUAUGGCCUCUCAUUCAAUAAAAUCACUAACUUUA